AUGGUGAGCGGUAAAGAAGCAAAUGGCAAUUGGACAAAAACUUACGAACAUAUAAUGGAGUUCAAAAAACAAAUGGAUCAACACUUUGGAUCAAGUAAUACAAGAGUUUACACUCUUCGACUUUUUGACCUUGUGCUCGAUAAUGAAAAACGUACCAGACCAAAGUCGAAAUAUAAGGAUUUGAUCUCGAUGAUAAUCGAUUUUGUGAAUGGAAUUAACCGAAAUAGCAAAAAUGAGCAAUUGAAUUUCCGAUUUUUGAGUCCACGAGUAAUGCCUUUAAUGCCUGAUAAGAUGCAAUUCGAAAAACGUAUUUUAUCGCCUUCCAUCAUGUCAUUUUACAAGGAUGAUAACCCAGAUAACAUUAUUCCCUUUCCUAAACUAUUGGAAAAAAGUGGUAUGACGGAGGAAGAUCGAAAAGCGGUACUGGAGAUGAUAAUGGAUGUUUCAGGUGCGCGUGUUGCCAUUGAAAUGGCAUUUGAUAUUCUUAACGAAACAAAUGUUUCCAAUUUGGAAGGUGUAAUCUUUGAGACAACAAAACGAAUUAAUCAAUCAUUCAAAGAUUUGGAAAAAUCGUUCAAUGUUGAGCAACAGAAUGAUUUAGAAAGGAAAGGGUUUACAUUUUUGGAAGCAUCACAACUCAAACAAAUAUUUCAUCAGCAAGGUGUUAAGAAGUUGGAAGAUGUAAAUUUCGAUUUGAAGAAGUAUGAACAAUUAAAUAGGACGGAGAAAGAAGAAACAUUAUGGACGCAUAUUGAACGAAUUGCGGAGAAUGAAACUGAGGAACUGCAUCGAAGGAAACGCCAAGCAAAAUUAACAUUUAAACCAACCAUUCUGGCACCAUUCAUGUUUUCGCCGACUUUUGGCCUAAGUAUUUUAGGACCUGUGGUUCUCUCACCUAGCAUUUUCAGUCCAUUGAUUCUCAAUCCGUCUAUUCUUAACCCAUAUGUCCUUUCUCCAGGCAUCUUUCUUCCCUUUCUCAUCUCACCAUAUAUACUUUCUCCUUAUGUCUUAUCACCACUUGUUGGUGCACCAUAUAUAUUAUCUCCCUAUAUUUUAUCACCAAAUGUUAUCAAUCCAUAUGUGUUAAGUCCACUAGUUCUCAGUCCAUACAUUCUUAGUCCCGAUAUUCUCUCACCACAAGCAUUAGGUGGUCAGAUUUUAUCACCGAAUGUAUUUUCACCAUCAAUUUAUACGGACAGUGUUCUCUCAGUUAGUAUCCUUUCACCAAGUUGGAUGUCCAAGUAA